AAAAAGCUCACAGCUAAAAAUUAAAGAGAAAUAUAAAAAACCAAGAAUUACAAAUUUCAUGUUGAGCGCUUGACGUAGCUGCAUCUUUAAAAUAAUUAUAUAUAACUUAAUUAAUCAUGGUUCAAUACCAAGGGAAUGCCGGUGCCGGUGGCGGAGCUGACCACAUGCACAUGGUGACUUUGGAUAAAACGGGCAAGAAAUCAUUUGGCAUUUGUAUUGUACGCGGCGAGGUGAAGGAUUCGCCGAACACGAAAACGACUGGCAUAUUUAUAAAGGGUAUUGUGCCCGAUAGUCCCGCUCAUCUCUGUGGUAAACUAAAGGUUGGUGAUCGCAUCCUUUCGCUGAACGGCAAGGAUGUGCGGCACGCAACCGAACAGGCGGUCAUUGAUCUGAUCAAGGAUGCCGAUUUUAAGAUCGAGCUGGAAAUCCAGACAUUUGACAAGAGCGAUGAGCAAAACAAAAAUGAUCCACGCAAUGGCUACAUGCAGGCCAAAAAUAAAUUCAAUCAAGAUCAAAGUUCCAGCAAUACUAUGGGCACGGUCAGGCAGCCGACCGUACGGAACGAUCCUAGACGCAAUCCAGCCUUUUCGGCCUCCACACGGGUCAAGCACGUGCCGACCAACAACGACGACGAUGAUGAGGAUACGCGCGACAUGACCGGACGCAUUCGCACCGAAGCGGGCUACGAGAUUGAUCGCGCAUCGGCGGGCAACUGCAAGCUAAACAAGCAGGAAAAGGAUCGCGACAAGGAGCAGGAGGAUGAGUUUGGCUACACCAUGGCCAAGAUCAACAAGCGCUAUAACAUGAUGAAGGAUCUGCGCCGCAUCGAGAUCCAGCGGCAGGGCAAUGUACCGCUGGGCAUCGCUCUGGCCGGCCACAAGGAUAGACAGAAAAUGGCCUGCUUUGUGGCUGGCGUCGAUCCGAAUGGGCUGCUGGCCAGCGUGGAUGUGAAGCCGGGCGACGAGAUCGUCGAGGUCAAUGGCAAUGUGCUCAAGAAUCGCUGCCACUUGAACGCCUCCGCCGUGUUCAAGAACGUCGACGGGGAGAAGCUCGUGAUGAUCACAUCACGCCGGAAGCCAAACGACGAGGGCAUGUGCGUCAAGCCCAUCAAGAAGUUCCCAGCAUCCACCGAUGAGACGAAGUUCAUCUUUGACCAGUUCCCCAAGGCGCGCACGGUGCAAGUGCGCAAGGAGGGCUUCCUGGGCAUCAUGGUCAUCUACGGCAAGCAUGUCGAGGUGGGCAAUGGCAUCUUCGUCUCCGAUUUGCGCGAGGGCUCCAAUGCAGAGGCGGCGGGCGUCAAAGUUGGCGACAUGGUGCUGGCCAUUAACCAGGAUGUGACACUGGAGUCGAACUACGAUGAAGCGACCGGACUGCUGAAACGCGCCGAGGGCGUGGUGACCAUGAUACUGCUCACGCUCAAGAGCGAGGAGGCCAUACGUUCCGAGCGCGAGGCAGAGGAAAAGAAGAAAGAAGAGGCCAAAAAGGAGGAGGAAAAGCCACAGGAACCCUCUAUAGCCGAAAUAAAGCCAAACAAAAAGAUACUCAUCGAGGUGAAGGUCGAAAAGAAACCGUUGGGCGUUAUAGUGACUGGCGGCAAGAACAACAACGUGAAGACUGGUUGUGUCAUAACACACAUUUAUCCGGAGGGCGCCUUGGCCGCGGACAACCGCCUGAAGAUCUUUGAUCACAUUUGCGAUAUCAACGGCAGGGCGGUGCAUUGCGAGAGCAUGACCACGUUGAAGGUGCAUCAACUGUUUCACAUGACCUAUGAGAAGAACGUCAACUUUACGGUUUUCCGGGCCGAUCCGCCCGAGUUGGAGAAGUUCACUGUGGAAUUUAUGAAAAAGAGCGGCAAGGAAUUGGGUCUUUCGCUGGUGCCCAAUGAACGCGGCUGCACCAUCUCCGAAAUUCUGCAAGGACAAUAUCCGGAAAUCGAUGGCAAGCUGCAGCGCGGCGACAUCAUAACCAAAUUAAACGGUGAUGCGCUGGAGGGGCUCACCUUCGAGGUGUGCUAUGCACUGUUCAAGGGCGCCAACGGCAAGAUAUCGAUGGAGGUGACGCGGCCAAAGCCCACGCUGCGAACGGAGGCGCCUAAGGCAUAAGGCUGAACGAAACUCAUCCGUGUCCGAGGCAAUAAAAUAAAACUAUUUUAGAGUCAGUUCUAAUUUAA